AUGGAUUACUAUACACGAUUAAUAAAUAAACAUAAAAAUCAACUAACAACACAUGAAUUAGUUACAACAACUUAUACGUCAAUUGAAUUAAAAUCAAGAUUUACAAUUCCAACAGGUGAUCAAAUAACUAAGCAUGAUAUAUAUCCACUAACAAGCAAAAUAGAUGACUUAAACUCAAAGUUUACAGACGCGUCUAACAUUGAACCGAUGGAAUAUAAUUCAACACCAGCACCAUGUACAAUAACCACUUUUAAAUCAAAAUUAAAAUCAAAAUUUAAUAUUCAAACAAUAACACAUGAACCAGAUACAACAUCUAAUACAUUAUAUGAGGGUAACUUAAAAACUAAAAAACCACAUAACAUUCAAUCAUUUGAUAAAAUAACAUCUGAUGAUCAAUUAAAUAAACUUAAAUCAAUUCCAUUAUUAAAUAAUACAACUGAAUUAAAAACAGAAAUAAAAUGUACAAGAAAUAAUAAAAAAUCAAAUAAUAUUAAUUCAAUGACAUAUAAAACAAUCAACUUGAACAAAAAUAUUGAUGCAUUAACUAGUCAACAGCAUAGAUAUAACCUUAGAAAAAUUGGUAAGCGAAUGUUAAUUGCCAAUUAUUAG